AUGAUGCGCCUCAGGGAUAGCCAAAAGCCCACACGUCCCCAACGUGCCACAGAAAACAAGAACACAAGGGUCAGUGCCUACUUAUCCACCAUAAACGACCGAAAACGACCACCCCUCCAGCCCACCUAUGCCUCUACCGAGAUUCCCAAAGCCGCCGGCCAUCGACAUCGUUCAGCCACCUCACCCGUAUCCAAGCCCUCCAGGUUUAACGGCUCUGAGGCACCCGGGGAAGGCAUACACGCUGGUCCAGGUAAUAACACUGAAAAGGCGUCAAUCAACACGACAUACGAAAUGACUACAAAUGAAACCCCCGGCAAGGCUGACGUACACGCAAAUCACUCCACAGCCGACGCCGACUUGAAGACUGGUGAGCAAGCCUCGCCAACGACAUCUGGAGCCAGACCCCCUCACACACCUGACGACAACGUAAACAAUUUAGGUGGCCACGUCACCACCGUCAAGGUCCCCCAUCCGAAAUGGCAACCCAUGUCUGACCCCAAGGACGACCACACAAGCACCCUGGAUGAUCGCACGGAGAUCCUUGAGACUGAUAAGUCCGUACAGAUGCCCCCGGUGGAUGCGGAUUCUACAGGGGGCACGACACCGUCCUCCAAGCGCGGCUGCUCAGUUGAACAUCGUGUCAGAUUUGGUGACUCCGAGGACGUCACAGUCUCACAGGAGAUUUCCGCCGCCACCUCCUCUUCUCUCCGCUCGGGAUUUGGCAGGCCGGGGUUCAGGAACGUGACGUGUCCGACUUGUCGCAAGUUCUACACUGCCCGAUCGUUGGAGUUUCACGCAAAGGCCUGUCUCAUGCGGAAGAAGGAGGAGAUGAAGGAGCGGGAGGCGCUGGAGUCUAUGAUGCAGCGCUCUGUGAAGGGGCCGACCCGACCGCCCGGAAAACUCUGUUACAUCUGCGGUCGACGAUACACACGCAGUUCCUGGACGCUGCAUGAGUCAAAAUGUGUGGAACAGUGGCAGACUUGGAAUUCCCGUCUUCCGAAACAACUUCGUCGUGGAGACUUACCCUUUAAGCCAAAUGUUUCCGAGGAGGACAUUCAGCAACGGACGGCCGCAGCUCGCAGUCGGGGAAAGACAAACUACUCUAGGGAAGACGCCCUGGAUGAUAUUAUGUACGAGGCCAGUGUUCAGAAUGCGCUGCCCUUGGAGUACUUGUAA